CGGGUGAGGGGCGGUGGUGCGGCCCUUAGCAACGGGCCUGGGCAGCCAGAGGCAAGAGGCAGCAGGCUCACAAACUCCCUAAUUCCUAUGUACCUAUAGUUUAUAGAAAAUAAAUAAAAGAUCAGGAUGGCUGACAAGGUUUAUGACAGUGAGCAAAAGGUGGGAAGCGUUAAUGAAAGCACACCACAAACUAGUGGCUGCAGGAAGAAUCCUUACACAGAGGUGGAUUCAAGUUUAGUUGAUGAAGUAACGGCAAACUCAGAUUUUGAGGAUUCUACACUUGAUUUCAGUAGCAAGCCCCCAAACUGUUUUGCGGCAUCAGAUUCCAGUAUUGAUGCACUAUGUGAACAAACAAAACAGCUGGUAAACGAAAUAAACAAAAGUAGGAUAAAGGACCACAAGUUGAUGAGCAACUUUAAGGACACUCUUAUUCUGAAGGUUUCAGAAUUUUCGAAGAAGAUAGAAGAAGGGUUGUUUGAAAUCUACAGCAAUGAGAACAAAUUGAUUGAGGACACGUUGCAGGAGCUGUUGAACAUCCUAGAUAAGAUCAGAUGUUUAGAGUCCGAAAUUAAACAGACCUGCAGUGCCGUGGCGACAGUCUACAAGGACAUGUGUACCCAACCAGAAGUAUAAGUGAUAUCUUACGAAAUAAUGGGCUCUGCAGAUUAAGUAUUCACAUCUUUUCUUUCCUUUUUUAGAGUUCAGUGUCGUAGGUAGAAAAAGAAGCAAUUGCCGAUAGAUUUCUUGAUGGCCAGUUGGCUUUCUAUCAAUUAAUGGAUUCUUUUUUUUAGAAUGCAGUAGAGUUAUGCUCUGGACCACAAACUCUGCAACGAUCCAGGGCCAUGGAUCUCUUUCAAAAUCCAUCCACUUGCACAGGGUUAAACUUGGGCCCCUGUGCCUGGAUAUAACUAUAUUUAACUAGCACUCACUCAGUGUGGAAUUAUACAAUGGUUUCUGCUUGGCAGAUUUUCCUGUACCAACAAUUGUAAAAUAAAUUCUUGUUUGAAAA